AUGUCACAGGGUGAAGAAGUACCACAAGUACAAGAUACUAAUAUGGCAAUUCUUCAAGCCAUUCAAGGCAUGAUGGAAAUGAUGAGGGAAGAUAGGCAAGAAAGAAGGGCACAACAACAAAGAGUCUCACAAGAAGACGAGGGAGUAAUUGACUUAGUUGAACAAGAAAGACAACUUAGAGGAAAAGGAAACAUGAGAGGAAAAGGAAGAAAUAAUAUGCACCCUAGACGAGGAGAAAGAAUCCAUGAAGAUAGAGAUAGUGGAGUCAAGCUCAAAAUUCCACCAUUUUGUGGAACGUCGGAUGCGGAGAAGAUGAGACUUGCCAUUUCCGAAUUCACUAACCAUGCAGGAAAUUGGUAUCAACAUCUCAAAUCUGAGAGAAGGAGGAAAGAGGAGGAUCCGAUUGAAACUUGGGAAGAACUUAAAGAAUCCAUGAGAAAGAGGUAUGUUCCAAAACAUUAUGAAAGAGAUUUGAGAAAUAAAUUGCAAGUUUUGAGGCAGGGAACGAAAAGUGUAGCUGAAUAUUAUCAAGAGAUGGAAACUUUGAUAGAAAGAGCAAAUAUUCGAGAAGAAGAAGAAGACACCAAGUCUAGAUUCCUUGGAGGUUUAAAUCGAGAAAUUGUUCAUAUCGUUGAUAGAUAUCCACAACUAUACUUGGAAGAUAUGUAUCAUUAUGCAAUCAAAAUUGAAGAACAAUUGAGAGAAGAAAAGGAACAUUCCAAGAGGUAUAAUUCUAAAGCUAAUACCUUUUCAAAUUCUAAUGUUUGGAACAAGGAUGGUUUUGUGAAUAGGAGUGAAACAAAAGGGAAGUUUGUGACUCCUAAAAGAUUGGAAGCCGGGAGCACCUUUACUAAAAAGAAUGAAGCUUCAAAAGAGGAAAGAGAGAAAUCUAAUUCCACUCAAUGUUGGAAGUGCAAAGGAUUUGGGCACAUGAGCAAAGAUUGUGUCAAUAAAAAAGUCAUGGUCAUAAGAAAUGGAAUUAUUGAUUUAGAAGAUGAAUGUGAUGAACAAGGUGGCAGCCUUAAGGAAGAAUCUAAAGCCUUUGAUGAUGAGUACAUUGAAGAAGGUAACUCCAUAUCCUUAGUUGCAAGAAGAGUACUUAAUGUGCAGAUCAAGGAGGAGAAAGUUGAAGAUCAAAGGGAAAACUUAUUUCACACAAGGUGCUUGAUUGAAGGAACCCCAUGUAGCUUGGUGAUUGAUAGUGGAAGUUGCACAAAUGUAGUAAGUAGUUUUCUUGUAAAAAGACUCCAACUCACUACUGUUCCACAUCCAAAACCAUAUAAACUUCAAUGGUUAACAAACAAAGGAGAAUUGAAGGUAAACUCUCAAGUUCUUGUUUCUUUUACUUUGGAAAGAUAUAAGGAUGAGGUUCUUUGCGAUGUAGUACCUAUGCAUGCGGGUGAUAUGUUAUUGGGCCGACCUUGCAAUAUGAUAGAGAAUGCUUUUAAAUCUCUUUUGAUGGAAUUUAAUGAUAUGUUUCCACAUGAAGAUGCACCUACGGGUUUACCUCUUUUAAGAGAAAUUGAGCACAAAAUUGACUUUAUACUCGGGGCAACACUUCCAAAUAUGGCGGCCUACAGGACCAAUCCAAUCGAGACCAAGGAAAUUCAAAGGCAAGUGGAAGAACUCAUGGAUAAAGGUUAUGUUCAAGAAAUCAUGAGUCCUUGUUCGGUUCCAGUCAUUUUAGUGCCCAAGAAAGAUGGAACAUGGAGGAUUGUGAUGGGGGUGAAAGUUGAUGAAGGAAAGGUCAAGGCUAUUCGAGAGUGACCAACACCCACCAAUGCAACCGAGGUGAGAUAUUUUCAUGGUUUGGCUAGUUUUUAUAGAAGGUUUAUUAAGGAUUUCAGUAGCACAGCCUCACCGUUGAAUGAACUUAUUAAAAAGAAUGUGAAAUUUGAAUGGAAAGAAAAACAAGAAAAUGCAUUCAAUGAAUUGAAAGAUAAAUUGACUAAUGCACCUUGCCUUGCUUUACCUAACUUUGACCAAUCUUUUGAAAUUGAAUGUGAUGCAAGUGGGAUAGGGAUUUGAGUUGUUUUAAUGCAAGAAAAGAGGCCAUUCCUAUUCUUUAGUGAGAAGCUAAAUGGAGCACAGCUUAGCUACCCCACAUAUGAUAAAGAAUUACAUGCACUUGUAAGGGCUUUGCAAGUUUGGCAACAUUACUUGUGGCCAAAAGAGUUUAUCCACACGGAUCAUGAAAGCUUGAAGUACCUCAAAAGCCAAACAAAGUUGAAGAAGAGGCAUGCUAAAUGGGUAGAGUUCAUUGAGACAUUUCCAUAUGUCAUUCAUUACAAGAAAGGUAAGGAUAAUGUGGUGGCUGAUGCAUUAUCAAGAAGACAUCUGAAUUUCAUGAUAUGAAAGGAAAAACUUUGUAUUCCCAAGUGUUCCAUUCAAGAGUUGCUUAUGAAGGAAGCUCAUGGGGGAGGAUUAAUAGGGAAUUUUGGGGAAUUUAAAACAUAUAACAUGUUGGCUGAACAUUUUUAUUGGUUGAAAAUGAGAAAAGAUGUGAAUAAAGUGUGCAAACAAUGUUUCAAAUGUAAGGAGGCUAAGUCUAAGACACAACCACAUGGUCUUUACACACCUUUAGAUGUUUCUAGUGAACCUUGGGUUGACAUUAGCAUGAAUUUUAUUUUAGGACUACCAAAGACUAGGAGACAUCAUGAUAGCAUUUUUGUGGUAGUUGAUAGGUUUAGUAAAAUGGCACAUUUCAUACCAUGUCAUAAAACAGAUGAUGCUACUAACAUAGCUAAUCUUUUCUUUAGAGAAGUGGUUAGAUUGCAUGGAAUUCCUAAAACCAUUGUUAGUGAUAGAGAUGCAAAACUUUUAAGUCAUUUUUGGAAAGUUUUGUGGGGUAAAUUGGGAACUAAGCUUUUGUUUUCAACAACUUGUCACCCACAAACUGAUGGGAAAACUGAGGUGGUUAAUAGAACAUUAGGAACUUUGCUUAGGUCAUUAAUGUCUGAAAAUAUCAAGUCUUGUAAGGAUACUCUACCUUUUGUAGAGUUUGCUUACAAUAGAGCAAUACAUAGCACUACUCAUUGUUCACCUUUUAAGGUUGUGUAUGGCUUUAAUCCAUUAACUCUGUUAGAUUUGUCACCCUUGCCUUGGGUUUGGGUUCAUCUACGAAAGGAAAGGUUUCCAGAUCAAAGGAUGUCUAAACUUCAACCAAGAGGAGAUGGUCCAUUUCAAGUGAUAGAGCGGAUUAAUGAUAAUGCCUACAAAUUGGAUCUUCGAGACCUUGAUUUGAGGACAAAUCCUUUUAAAGAAAGGGGGGAUGAUGUGAAUUCAAUCAUUGAACCAUUGCAUAUACCUAAAGGACCAAUUAUAAUAAGCAAGAGUGCUGGACAAUUUGGGGGUGGUCGUGGUGAAGAUCCCCACUCCCAUAUGAAGCGUUUCUUGGAAACAUGUAAUUCAUUUAUGAUUCCUGGAAUCACCCAAGAGGUACAAGAAGAUACUGAGACCUUAAACGCCGCAUGGGAGCGUUUUAAGGGCUUAGUCAAAAAUUGCCCAAACCAUGGACUACCACUGACUAUCCAAAUGGAGACGUUUUAUGGAGGACUGAAUAGAGCAUCACAGAUGGCAGCAGAUGCAGCAGCAGCUGGUGGACUUAUGGACAAAUCCUAUACUGAGGCUAAAGACAUAUUAGACCACAUUGCUAAACAUAAUAUAGAAUGGGUGGAUGAUACAUAUGAUGGAAGAAAUGACAGGAGAAGGAGAUCUUAG